AUGGAAGCGGGUAGCUCCAAUUCGUCGGGUCAGCUUUCCGGGCGGGUCGUUGACACAAGAGGCAAACACAGGAUUCAAGCCGAACUCAAAAGGCUUGAACAAGAAGCUCGCUUCUUAGAGGAAGAGCUAGAGCAGCUUGAAAAGAUGGAUAAUGCAUCAGCUUCUUGCAAAGAGUUCUUAGACAGUGUUGACAGCAAACCGGAUCCUCUUCUUCCCGAGUUUCUUUUUGGUGAUUUACUUACUUACUUGCAGAACAACAGGGCCAGUGAAUGCAACAUGGGAUCAAUGGUUCGAAGGCCCGAAAGAAGCAAAACGAUGUGUCUGCUACAUUCUUUAAUCUUCAUUUUCACCUUUUUUCUCUACUUUUCUUCCACAAGA